AAAUCAGUAUCAUGGUUGGGUUCAAGGCCACAGAUGUGCCCCCGACUGCCACUGUGAAGUUCCUGGGGGCUGGCACGGCCGCCUGCAUUGCAGAUCUGAUCACCUUCCCCCUGGAUACCGCUAAAGUCCGGCUGCAGAUCCAAGGAGAAGGUAAGGGGCCAGUGCGGGCCAUGGCCAGCACUCAGUACCGCGGCGUGCUGGGGACCAUCCUGACCAUGGUGCGCACAGAGGGCCCCUGCAGCCUCUACAACGGGCUGGUCGCUGGCCUGCAGCGUCAGAUGAGCUUUGCCUCUGUCCGCAUCGGCCUCUAUGACUCCGUGAAGCAGUUCUACACCAAAGGCUCUGAGCAUGCUGGCAUUGGUAGCCGCCUCCUGGCAGGCAGCACCACAGGUGCCCUGGCUGUGGCUGUGGCCCAGCCCACGGAUGUGGUGAAGGUCCGAUUCCAAGCUCAGGCCCGGGCUGGAGGUGGCCGGAGGUACCAAAGCACUGUGGAUGCCUACAAGACCAUUGCCCGGGAGGAAGGGUUCCGGGGACUCUGGAAAGGCACCUCUCCCAAUGUUGCUCGUAAUGCCAUUGUCAACUGUACUGAGCUGGUGACCUAUGACCUCAUCAAGGAUGCCCUCCUGAAAGCCAACCUCAUGACAGAUGACCUCCCUUGCCAUUUCACCUCUGCCUUCGGGGCAGGCUUCUGCACCACCGUCAUCGCCUCCCCUGUCGACGUAGUCAAGACGAGAUAUAUGAACUCUGCCCUGGGCCAGUACAGCAGCGCUGGUCACUGUGCCCUUACCAUGCUCCAGAAGGAGGGGCCCCGAGCCUUCUACAAAGGGUUUAUGCCCUCCUUUCUUCGCUUGGGUUCCUGGAAUGUGGUGAUGUUUGUCACCUAUGAGCAGCUGAAACGAGCCCUCAUGGCUGCCUGCACUUCCCGGGAGGCUCCCCUUUGA